AGGGGCGCGCCCCCGUGCGCCCGGGCCAUGGCGCGCCUGGGCGCCGUGCGCUCCCACUACUGCGCGCUGCUGCUGGCCGCGGCGCUCGCCGUCUGUGCCUUCUACUACCUCGGCUCGGGCCGCGAGACCUUCUCCAGCGCCACCAAGAGGCUGAAGGAGGCCCGCGCCGGGGCCCCCGCCGCGCCCUCGCCUCCCGCGCUGGAGCUGGCGAGGGGGUCCGUAGCCCCGGCCCCGGGAGCCAAGGCCAAGAGCCUGGAGGGCGGCGCGCCCGGGCCGGUGGACUAUCACCUGCUGAUGAUGUUCACCAAGGCGGAGCACAGCGCCGCGCUGCAGGCCAAGGCCCGCGUCGCGCUGCGCUCGCUGCUGCGCCUCGCCAAGUUCGAGGCGCACGAGGUGCUGAACCUGCACUUCGUGAGCGAGGAGGCCAGCCGCGAGGUGGCCAAAGCACUGCUGCGGGAGCUCCUGCCGCCCGCCGCGGGCUUCAAGUGCAAGGUCAUCUUCCACGAUGUGGCUGUGUUGACGGACAAGCUCUUCCCUGUGGUGGAGGCCAUGCAGAAGCACUUCAGUGCUGGCUCAGGGACCUACUACAGUGACUCCAUCUUCUUCCUGUCUGUCGCCAUGCAUCAGAUCAUGCCCAAAGAGAUCUUGCGGAUCAUUCAGCUGGACCUCGACCUAAAGUAUAAGACCAACAUCCGGGAGUUGUUCGAGGAGUUUGACAAUUUCCUGCCAGGUGCUGUCAUUGGCGUAGCCAGAGAGAUGCAGCCUGUGUACAGGCACACAUUCUGGCAGUUCCGCCAAGAGAACCCCAAGACCAGGGUCGGGGGUCCUCCCCCUGAGGGGCUCCCAGGCUUCAACAGUGGGGUGAUGCUGCUCAGCCUGGAGGCCAUGCGCCAGUCCCCGCUCUAUGGCCGCCUGCUGGAAACUGAGCAGGUACAGCAGCUGGCCAGUAAGUACCACUUCCGUGGGCACCUUGGGGACCAGGACUUCUUCACCAUGAUCGGCAUGGAGCACCCUGAGCUCUUCCACGUGCUGGACUGCACCUGGAACCGGCAGCUCUGCACUUGGUGGCGGGACCAUGGCUACAGUGACGUCUUCGAGGCCUAUUUCCACUGUGAGGGCCAUGUGAAGAUCUACCACGGGAACUGCAACACCCCGAUCCCUGAUGACUAGGGGGCCUCUGCGACAGGCCCGGGGCCACACCAGCUCCUCCGGACACUGCAGAGAUGUCCUUUGGGAUCUGGGUGCUGCCGACCUCUCAGCCAGCCACUCCCUGUUCCGAGAACACCCCAGGAAGACUAGUCUUUCAGUUGGCUGGUGCUCAGGAGCUGAACUCGGGGCCAGCAUCACAAAGACAAAUGAAGGAAUGUCUUCCAGUUGGCUGGGAAGCAGCAUCUGAGAAGAAAAGCAAAUGAUGCCCUUGCACCCAAGGAAUCAAAAUCCUUUUAAGCACUGACCUUUCCUGGACCAAGUAUAGAUUUGAUUCAAGUCCACAGGCUUGUGUUUUGUGAGAAAGAACAAACAGCACCGCUGUAGCUCUGGGUGAGCUCGGAGUGCGUGAGCCAGGCUUCCAGCAAGCAGCCAGAACGCAGCCUCCCAAGGAACCCCACCCUUCCUCGGCCUCGCCCGGGAGGCCGUGCUCUUCCUCUCAAGAUGCCACGAGCUUGGCGCAGACUUCAUGCUCCACCUUUUUAGAGGAAACCUCCAGGGCCCGUGUAGCAGUCUGCAUAUCAUAGCCUUCAUAGCUUUUAUCUCCCAGUUGCAUCACAGGACGCCUGUGUCCCGCAUCCCUCCUGCAGCCGGCCCCGGUGACCUGACUGCACUAAGAAAUCAAGUCCACCACCAAAAAGAACAGAGAUUGGCCGCUCCAAGGACAUGCAGUAGAAUUGCCUGGACUUGGAAGAUUGAUUCCAAAGAGGAGCCCCGCUGUUCAUGAGCGCAAGGCUUAUGAUCACUGUAGCCUCUCUGUUUAAAAAAAUUCAUCCUCGCACUUUCCUGCCUAUACCCCACAGAAAUGAGGAUGCGGUUUCUUUAUUUCUUCUUGUGGUGGAUUCCCCUGCAAGUAAGCUGCAAACUGGAAGCCCAGGGACGUCCAUCUCCUUCAUGGUUCAGCUGGUGUCCGGGCCCAGAGAUGCUAUGGGUUCAUUCAUCUCAUCCUGAUUCAGUUUCAUUUCCUUUUGAAUUUCUUCUCACCAUGUGUGAGAGAGCUAAUAAAUAAUCUUUGAGAACACAGUGA